AUGGCUUUACCAACUGUACGGACGUUUGCGGAUUGCGCCGAGUUUCCUCUCAUUGUCUCCCCUUUCAUAUCCCUUCCAACAAGGUUGAUUGAUAGCGGAACUGAUAUUCAAGCUCUCCAACAUAUCUAUGUCACCACAAACCCUUUCAUCACAGCCAUUGCUUUCGCGAUAUUUCUGGCCCCAGUCUUCCUGAUUGCAUCUGAAGUAACCAGAAACUAUUCUCAAGUUGACCGCAGCUGGAGCAUCCUUCCGAUCGUCUACAACGUUCACUACUCCGUUUGGUCUCGCUUGAACGGAUUGCCAACUGGAAUAAUCGAUACUAUUUGCGGAAUCACCAUCAUUUGGGGUCUUCGACUCACUUUUAACUACUGGAGAAGAGGCGGGUACAGCGUCGGAUCAGAAGACUACCGUUGGGCCAUUGUGCGGAGGAAAAUAAACAACCAUUUUUUGUUUUUCUUAUUCAACCUCACUUUCAUUUCUCUCGCGCAACCAGUUCUACUAGCCCUCAUCACCGCUCCAACGUAUGUGUUUGUGUUACUGAGCAGUGUCUCAGAAGGGUCCAAACACGAACUCUCCGAUUCUCUCUUCUCACGGAUUAUCCUCUUCUUCGUCUUCAUCGAAGCACUGGCAGACCAACAACAAUGGAGAUUUCAAAAAGCCAAGAAGGAGUACAAUGAAAUCGCUCGGAUUCCAUCUCGAUAUAAGGGGAUAUACACAAACGACGACCUGAGCCGUGGCUUUGUUGUGUCAGGUCUCUGGGCCUGGUGUCGACACCCAAAUUUUGUGGCUGAGCAAGCGGUUUGGCUAGCAUUGUACCAGUGGUCCUGUGUCAAGACUGACCAAUUGUACAACUGGACUGGCAUUGGGUCCCUAUGUUAUGUUGCCCUCUUCCAGGGAAGUACGUAUCUUACGGAAAAGAUUACCGCGUCGAAAUACCCUGAUUAUAAGCAGUACCAAUUGCGUGUGGGGAAGUUCAUCCCACGAUUAGGUGUCCAGGCGCGUGGCGAAAUUCCGGAAGACAAUGCUCUUUCGGCUUCGGUAUCCGCAUCUAAAGACCCCAAUCAGCCACAGAAGCCACAGCUAUCAAAAACGAAGACAACUAAGAAGCUGAGGUAGACAACCCCUUUUCUCUUUGGAUUGGAAUUUCCAUCACGCAUUCGUCAUAUCUUGGACUGAUAUAUACCAUUUUACAUAUGCUUGAGAUCUUCUCCGUUUUCUAAUCAUUGAUAAUACUAUGUUUCCAUAUACCCUCCAUAUGUUUGAAAUCAACCCAACCCCCUAUUUUAAUCCAGUUCAUCUACCCACAAUAUUCUGUUUGAUGGCGGUAUUAUUGAGUCUGAUUGAACCACAGCACCCAUAAUUCAUAGAGGGAUCCGGCAUGAGGAAACUCUCACUUGGAAAAGUAACAUUCUCAGAAAUUUUCUAUUUUAAUCUUCCAUUUUCCUUCUUUCCCUGUUCCAAGGUGUUCAUUUGACAUACCUUUCUAUGCCCUAUACCUGAUAUGCAAACGAAAAGCUGGAGCUUUAGUAUACAAGGGAGAAAAUAAAGUUACAAAUUAUAAACCAGAGUGUGGAGAUUUCCAAUAGGGAGAAGAUGUCUGCUUUGGCGGCCGGAUUGCGAUUAAACAGGGAGUAGGGGUAAGGCCAAUUGAUAGUAAAAAAUAAUACCCAUAUAAGUGUGCGGCGCAUGAACACGAACACCUGGACAUUUCAACCAACAUGGAAUUUAGUAACAAGUCGAAUAGAGUACAGCAAAAGGGAGAAUGAAAGAAAGGAACAAAUGAGCAACAUAGGAAAAAGGUGUGUCAUAAAUGAAACAAUAAGCAAAGGAAAAGAGGAGAUGCUUCAUGUUUAAAAACAAAAUAAGUGAAAUAUUGAAAAGGAAAAAAAAAUCGAUAUAUUCCUUUAUGCUGAAUGCGACGGUGCGGGACCUUCGUUCUCCUCUAAUCGACUUGUCUCUGGUUUUUCCGCGAGAGCCUCUGUCGGUGGAGGAGGUGGUGCUAUCGUCCCUCUGCCGUGCCCACCGUCGAAAUACUUUGCAAAUUCGCCAGAUUCAGGGAAUGGCCGUGGGCCAAGCAGACGGACCAAAUCAUCACGGCUAAGUACUUCCUUGCUCAGAAGCUCCUCAGCUACAAUGCCGAUUUCGGCUUUCUUCUCCGUUAGGAGUUUACGGCACUUGUCGUAAGCUUCAUUGACAAUCCGUCGA